UACGUAUCUACGUGGUGUAGGUAGAGAGAGACUAGAGAGAGAGAGAGCGAGAGAGAGAUCCUUGGGGCUUUGGUGGUGGCUAUUUAAUAGCAGCUCUCUCUCUCAUUCCAUUAUCUAGAAAAAAGCGAGAGAUUCCAGAGAAUCGAACUUAGGGCCACGCCAGAGCGAGAGAGAAAUUAGGAAUCGAAUCUGGAGAUUUUUAGAGGAACUUUACUUUGGGUUUUGUGUAUUCGUAGUGCGAUAAUCAAGGGAAUGUUGGAUUAGAAAUCAAUUUGCGAGAGUCGUGCUCAUCAAAUUUGUUGUUAAUGGCUGAUAGAAGACUUGGUUAUCGCUCCAUGGGUCGCAGAGGUCGUCCUAAAAUGCAGUCUGGAACUUGUAAUGUCUGCUCUGCUCCUUGUUCAUCUUGCAUGCACCGUAAUGCGGGCUUUACCGGUUCAAAGUCGGAUGAGUCAUCAGAUGAAAACUCCCAUGGUGUACUGGUGAGCGAGUGUUCUUUCAACGGGGAUGAUCGUUUCCGUUCUUCUGGGGUUAAUUCCAAUCAUGAUACUUCUUCAUCUGAGAAUGCUGAGAGUAAGGAAUUUAUAACAUCUUCUGAUAUAUCCCAUGGCCCACUUUUUGAUGGGUCUCGCAAAGUUCAAGAUUCCAUGAAGUUAGAUAAGGCCAAAAACAUUCUAGGGCAGGGAAAAGUCGUCAAGGAAACUACAGGAGCAAAGACUAACAAAGACAACCAGAACAAUUCUUUCAUUGAGAGUUCUACGCAUUCAGGACCAAUGGUUGGGAAGUCAGGAGAAAAUGUUCCCUCCAAUAAGGCAGACGAAUCAAACACAUCAGCCAUGUCUGAGAGUGAGAGUGAGGGUGCUGAUUCUGAAAUGCUGGAACUUGAUGUAAAAGUAUGUGAUAUUUGCGGAGAUGCGGGUCGUGAGGAUUUGCUUGCUAUCUGCAGCAGAUGCAGUGAUGGUGCAGAACACACCUAUUGCAUGCGAGUAAUGCUUAAAAAAGUUCCUAAGGGUGAUUGGCUUUGUGAAGAAUGCAAGUUUGCUGAGGAAGCAAAAAAGAAGAAGCUAGAAACCAAGGGAAAAAGUGAAAGUGCAGUAAAUUUGAGUACACAAAGCUCCAGCAAAAGGCACAUAGACAAAUUUGAGGCAGCUCCAGAUUCUAAAAGAUUGGCGGUUGAGGCUCCAACAGGGGCACCCAAGAGAUCUGUUCUUCCCAGAUCGUCCACUUUAUCCCGAGAAACGUCAUUUAAGGGCUUAGAGAAGCCAACGAGAAAGCUAGCUCAUCACUCAUCUUUCAACAGCCACUCCAGUGAUGACUUAGAAAGCACACGAUCUCCUGACUCGCAGCUACGGUCCCCUAAAGGUUCAUUUUUGAAGUCCAAUUCGUUUAAUUCUUCGAGCUCUAGACCAAAAGUGAGACCAGUUGAUGAUGUUAUGCUUCCCCGACAGAAGACUGGGAAAGACAAUUGUUCCCUUGAUGUUUCUAGAAAUGUAGGCAAAUCAAUGUCAAAUAGAUGUAUAGACGUAGGGAGCUCUAGUUGUUACGACUCAAAAGUUAAUGGUACAAAGCCACUGAAAGAUCGGAGCAUAGAAGCUAACCCUUCAGCAUCCACAAUCGAUCAGAAACUAAUUUCACGUGGCCGUUCGUCCAGUUCAUAUGCAAAAAGUCCCCGUGAUUUGAAGGAUUUGGAGUCUGAUGGUCAACAAGGUAGAUUGACAAAGCAAGCCAGACAUCUAAGUCGAAAUCGUCUAGAAGAUAUAGUUGCUUCUGUGGGAGAUUCAUCUACGAAUGAAAAGUGCAGUUCAAGUGAAGCGAAAUAUAAAAAUGAACUGGCAAAUGUAGAUGGUUUUCCCCGGCCUAGGGAAGUCAGAGAGGCGGGGGAGAAAAGCAAAGAUGCUGUUGGUAAUCACCAAACGCUAAAUAUUAGGGAGGAUAAUAAUAAGGGCAAUAGGUUGCGAGCAGCGGUUGAUGCUGCUCUGCGUAAAAAACCCAGCUUUAGCAAAGGCAGAGGGUUGGAGCAAUCUGAUUUGCCUUCAGUGUCUAAUGUGGAUUCUGGUUGUGAUAAGGCUUUAAGAAAUAUGUCCUCAAAGGUGCCGGUCAUAAGAGAUUGGCCUGUGGGAUUCAAAGGAUUGCCAGGAGGGCAUCCAAAUUUACGGACAGACAAGCAGACAAUUGCAGUAAAUGGAACGCAGUCACUCGCUGGUGCUGAUGCAAUGGCUGCUUCCCAAUCUGUUGUGCCCGAAGUUCAUGUUCCUUCUAUAAAACCUGUCAUGAGAGAUUUGCCUGUGGCUGCCCCAGCUGUUCUGUCGACAACCUCAGCCAUCCCAGAGCCUGAGUACAUUUGGCAAGGAGACUUGGAGGUCCAGAAAAGCAGAAAUUUAUCAACAAUGCAUAACGGAAUGCAAGCAUACCUUUCAACCUUAGCAUCACCUAAGGUUGUUGAAGUGGUGAACCAAUUUCCUGUAAAACUUACCUUGAAUGAAGUACCCAGGCUCAGUGCAUGGCCUGCACAAUUUCAAGAUAUAGGUGCUAAGGAACAGCAUGUGGCUCUUUUCUUCUUUGCCAAGGACAUUAAGAGUUAUGAGAAAAAUUAUAAGCCCUUGGUAGACAACAUGAUCCAGAAAGAUUUGGCCCUAAAGGGAAACCUCGAGGGUGUUGAGCUUUUGAUUUUUGCCUCCAACCAUCUUCCUCGGGAUUGCCAGCGCUGGAACAUGUUAUAUUUCCUUUGGGGUGUAUUCCGAGGAAGAAAACAGAGUUGCUCUAAUCCACUCAAGGGUAAAGUGUGCAGUGCCAUUCAAAAGGAGAAGGCAUUAUCUGUAUCAUAUGGAGAUUGUGGAGCGGAUGAAGAAACCGAGGAAGGAGAGAUAGGUCUUAGCCCACAAUUGAAGGAUGAGAAGACGUCAGGGCCUAGGACAGUGAAUUCCUCCGAUCUGAAGCAGAAAGUGGACUUGGAUAAUCUCAAUAAAGAAAGGUUGUGUGACGGUCCAUUGAAUAAAAAGCUGAAGACAGUUACAGGAGUAGAAAGUGGAUGUAGUAUUUUCAGGAGGGAUACAUUUGGCAAUGAAUUUGCUUCAAGAAAAUCUUGUGCUGGUCCCUGCGAGGAGGAGAAAAAGAUCAUCAAGAAGAAUCCUGAUGCAACGGAAAGGAUUGUGUUCCCUUUAGAACUGAAUGAUGGAAAAGAAGAUGAUGAUGAAAUGACAGACAAUAUCCCAGAGCACUUGGCAGUGACAACAACAAAUGGAGAGGAGUAAAGAAAACUACCCCGAGCAAGACCACGAUGACAGGAGUUGUAUUGCCUUCCAUGGCUGGAACAACCUCCAUUGAAGAACAUAGAAAUUAGCAGUAGUCAAAAGCCACAAGAUAAGAUGGUGAAUCAAGAAGGUGAUGCAGCAUCUCUCUCGCUCUCCUUGUCCUUGUCAUCCAUAGAAAAGGAACGACAACAACAGCAGAAUCAGAGAUCAGUGUCUAGAUGGGAACACAAGAAGAAGUAGAAUGUGAAUACUCCUCUGUGACUUAGCUGAAAAAUCUUCAUUAAGGAAACUUAUCUUAGAAAAUAACCAAGAAAGGUGUCUUUUAUUUUAGUCCUUUGGUAUCAUGAAGAAGAAAGACCCAACUCACAGCUUUGUACAUAUAAAAGCGAUGGGCAAAAAAACAGAUGACAAGAUGUUAGCGUUGGUUGACUUGACUGAUCUGCUUAACCUGA